ACUUGAUCGCCACGGAACCAAGCGAAAUCAAUCUACAAAUAGUAUCACCCAUCUCAAGCACGUGCGGUUCCAUUCGAAUCAUUACAUAUAGCCCAGCUCCCGCAACUACCAACCUCCCAUAUAAAUCCUUGGUAAGAGUUCUUUAGCAGCAGCCUAGUGAUCUCCCCAUUACCCCGCACGAUCAAUCGUCGGUCGAUAUGGUGGACCAAGAUCACGAUGGGCGGCGGCGACAGGAGGCGGAGGCGGCGGCGGAGUCGUCGGUGCCGUUGCUGGAGAAGAAGCCCGGCGAUGUGCCGUACUACGUGGAGGGGUGCCCGGGGUGCGCGGUGGACCGGAGGAAGGCGACGGACCCGGGCAUCCCCUACGGCAGCUUCAUAUACAUCUGGGUCGUCAUCCUCUGCACCGCUAUACCAAUAUCGUCGCUAUUCCCCUUCUUGUAUUUCAUGAUAAGAGACUUGCACAUCGCGGAAAGAACAGAAGAUAUUGGGUUCUAUGCUGGGUUUGUAGGUGCCGCUUUUAUGUUUGGUAGAUGUUUGACUUCAACUAUUUGGGGCAUAGCAGCAGAUCGUAUUGGGAGGAAGCCAGUUGUGAUAUUUGGUGUUUUCUCUGUGGUAAUAUUUAAUGCUUUGUUUGGGCUUAGUGUUACCUACUGGAUGGCAAUAGCUACAAGGUUUCUCCUUGGUGCUUUAAAUGGUUUACUUGGACCAAUGAAGGCAUAUGCUAUUGAAGUUUGCCGGCCUGAACACGAAGCUCUAGCACUAUCACUUGUCAGCACAGCAUGGGGAAUAGGUCUCAUCAUUGGUCCUGCUCUUGGAGGCUACCUUGCACUGCCUGCAGAAAAAUAUCCAAAUAUCUUUUCGCCUGACUCGCUAUUUGGAAGGUUCCCGUACUUCUUACCAUGCUUAUGCACAUCAGUGUUUGCUGCCGCUGUUCUGAUAGGCUGCAUAUGGAUGCCGGAAACGUUGCACAAGCAUAAAGUAAAUGAGAAUAGGAAUCAAAGUGUCGAAUCUUUGGAGGCCCAUCUGAUUGAUCCAAAAGAGAAGGUUGAACAAAGUAAUAGUCCGGAUACCAAGAAGAGCUUAUUCAAGAAUUGGCCAUUAAUGUCAUCCAUAAUUGUUUAUUGUGUCUUCUCCUUCCACGACAUGGCUUACACAGAGGUGUUCUCUCUGUGGGCUGAAAGUGACAGGACAUAUGGUGGACUCAGUUUGUCAUCUGAAGAUGUAGGCCAAACACUUGCAAUUACAGGCUCCAGUCUUCUUGUGUAUCAACUCUUCUUGUACCCGCGCAUCAACAGGGUUCUUGGACCUAUCAAAUCAUCUCAAAUCGCAGCUGGCAUAUGCAUACCUAUUCUCUUUGCCUAUCCCUAUAUGACGUACCUGUCAGAACCUGGAUUAUCAAUUGUUCUGAAUAUUGCAUCAGUCAUAAAAAAUAAUCUUGGUGUUACCAUCAUUACAGGCACUUUCAUCCUUCAAAAUAAUGCCGUGCCUCAGGACCAAAGAGGUGCAGCAAACGGGUUAGCCAUGACUGGAAUGUCCUUUUUCAAGGCAGUUGCUCCUGCAGGCGCUGGCAUUGUGUUUUCAUGGGCGCAGAAACGACAACAUGCUUUCUUCUUUCCAGGUGAUCAGAUGGUGUUCUUUCUGCUGAACAUCAUUGAGCUCCUUGGACUUCUCCUCACAUUCAAAUUCUUCCUGGCCGUGCCAGAUAAAUCUGAUAGCAACUAGCUGUUCAGCUAUUGUUCUAGAUAUUUUUUGGGAUAGUUUCCCAGAUGCCGAUGACUCAUGGAUCCUGCAUCUGCGAGGAGAAGGGCUUAAGGCGCCCUUAUAACAGGAUUAAGAGGUGGCCAGGUACAAGUUGUGUUGUUGUGUGUAAGAUGUAGGAGCACUCCAGUAGAGGAGAUGCAACAUUUGUAAGUAGUGAUGUAGUAAGAGACUGCGGCUCGGAAUAAUUGGCGGAAAUGGACUCAGCAUAAUUGCUAUAUCUACCCCUAUCUAUUUUAGGGGUGUUCAAGAA